AGCUAGGCUGGAGCUGCCCUGGGAAGUCGGAAGUCUGCAAGAGUCAACGCAGAACAACGCCGUUUCAACACCGGGGACGGGAACUGCGAACUGAAGCUACAGAAUGGCGCUGGAUAUCUACGACUCUCAGUACCUGCUCAUCUUGGCCCCUUCUCUGAUCAUUGCCCUCAUGUUCCUCUUCUUCUGGCUCUUCAUGAAGGAAACGUCCUACGAUGAGAUUGUGGCCAGGCAGAAACGCGACCUGAAGCUACCGCCAUCCAAGCCAGAGCCCCGAAAGAAGAAUGAGAAGAAGAAGAGCAAGAAGAAGGAGAGUGCCGGCGGGGGAGGAGGAGGAGGAGGAGGAGGAGGAGGAGGGGGGGGAGGAGAGUCCGAAGAGGAUCUUCGUGAUUUCGAUGCUACGGAUGGUGCCAACAGCUCCACUCCGGAGGUCGAGGAGGAACCUGCACCAGUCGCUUCACCAGAUCCCGCUCCACCAUCACCAAUUCCUGUGCCUGUGUCACCUGAGGCGCCUGCUGGUCUCAGAGAGAGAAAGAAGAAGGAGAAAAAAGCUGCCAAGGCUGCCGCAGCAGCUACUGCGGCGGCUCCUUCCGAGCAGCCGGAAGUGAACGGCUCGCAGCCGGUCAGUCGCAAAGCAGAGCAACCUCUGGCUGCAGGCAAACAGUCCGGCCCUUCCUCCCCCCAGCUCGAGGUCCAGGUCCAGGUCCAAGCUGCUCAGGCUCCCGUUCAGGCUCAGUCACCGCCCCCGAUCUCUGCGAAGAAAAAGGAGAAGAAGAAACAAAAAGUAGAGCCCGUUCCAGUGAAUGAUCAGCAGCCAGAGGUUAUCGCUCAGCAGCAGCCGGCUCCAGUCAAGAAGGAGGCUCCUGUUAUGUCUGAAACCAGAGUGCUGGAUGGUGCCACCCCAGCUGCUACCAGUGGCAAGAAGAAGAACUCUGCCAAGAAGCAGAAGACCGAGCCUACAAAUGUAGAUGAAGUCCAUGUCGUGGCUGACGCUGCAACUCCCGCCAACCACCAAGCUCGCCUUAACGAUGACGUACCGCCCAGAGUCAGCGGCAAGAAGCAGAAGAAUGAGGCUAAUAAAGAGAACACGGAGGUGAAGCUGAAGGAGCUGCUGUCUGGCCUGUCCAGCCUGGCUCUGUCGGAGGCCGAGGCCGUCAGUGUGAUGGUUCUCCUCUGGGAAAAGAGCCCGAAUGCCUUGGAUGCCUGGCAGAAAUCUGCAGCUCGGCCCGACCCAGCCGCACAGGAACGCGAGAGAUUUGUUACGACUCUGCAGGAGGAGGCUUCCAUCGCAAAGGACAAAGUGAAGCAGCUUAGCCAGGAGCUUCAGGUUGAGAAGCAGAAGACGGGCCGAGCGGAGGUGAUGAUAAGAGAGCAACGGGCGGUCAUGGAGAAAGAACUGGGCAGCAUGCAAGGCAAAGCACAAGGCAGCUACCAGGAGCUUCAGAGCAUGCAGAUAAAGUUCCAGCAGGCCAGGGAGCAGCUGGAAAGCCAGAUCACUCGGCUGCAGCAGGAGAACGGCAUCUUGAGGGACGCGGUCAGCUCUGCCACCAACCAGAUGGAGAGCAAGAAUUCAGCAGAGCUUAACCAGCUGCAUUCCGAGUACACCGGUUUGAUGAAAGAGCUGGCAGACAACAACAACAAGCUGCAGCAGGAGGAGCACCAGAGGAAGUCACUGGAGGUCAACUACAAGCAGAAUGUGUCCCAGCUGGAGGCCCAACUGCAGGAUGCUAAGCGGCGAUGGGAAGAACUGCAGAAUUUCCUCCACAGUGUCAACGCUGAGAGAGAGAAAAUCCAGGACUCAAAGCAAGAGCUUCAUAGCCAGCUUUUGUCAGUGGAGACUGAGAUGAAUAACAAAAACAAGGAGAUCCAGACUCUACACAUCAGUCUGACUGAAGCCAUCGUGUCCAAUGAGCGGCUGGAGCAGAGAGUGAUGGAGCUCAUGGAGAUGUCCCAGCACAGUAUGCCUGAUGACGCAAUAGAAGCCCGGGUUCAGGACCUUAUGAAUGAAAGCAAAGGUCUUCUGGUCCAAAAUGAGAACCUGCAAGUCCAAAAUGAGACCCUGCAGGUCCAGAUCUCCUCACAGGUCGCCCACGUCUCUCACAUUGAGAAGCUUCAGAUGCUAUUGGCUGAUAAGGAGAUGCAGAGGAAGAGUCUGGAGGAUUCUCUAAAUGCUGAGAGGAGCAGUGGGGCCAGUAGAGAAACUAACAUGCAGGCCAUGCACAAUGAGAUCAUGUCACUGAAGGUUGAUGUUCAGAAUCUGCAGGCACAGAUCUCUGAUCAGACUGCCUCCCAACUGAUCCUGGACCAGUUCCAGAAGAGUGCUCGAGAGAAGGACGACAACAUGAGGACCAUCGAGGAUCUGCUCGAGAAGGGGCUGAUUGAAGUGGCCAACAAGGAAGAAGCGCUCAAGGCUGUAAGACAAGAAAAUGUUUCCCUAAAGCAAGAAACGGAGGCCCUUCACAGAAAGACAGCAGAACUGGCAUCAUCGGAGUGCAUAGUGGAAGAACUCCAGAUAACGAUCCAAGAGAAGGAUGUGAAGCUAAAAUCAAUGGAGGAGUGUCUCCAGACGGCACAAGACAGCAGCUCUACCAGUGAGAAUGCAGUUGAGGCUCUGGAGCAGCAGCUGGCUGCCCUGCAGGCGGAGGUGGAGCAGCUGAGGCAGAGGGCGACGCCAGAGGAGCAGACCAGGUCUGCUACUCAGCUCCUAGAACUCCAGACUCAGCUAGCAGCAAAGGACCUGGACAUCCAGAUGGUGCAAGCUGAGCUGGAGGCAAGAACUCAGGAGCUGAGUGAGAAGGUGGAGCAGGUUCAUCAACAGCAGGCUCUCACUGCGGUGCCAAGCCCAGGGCUGCUUGCAGCGUUGUCAGAGAAGGAGAAGCAGGUGUCCGAUCUGCAGGGCGAGCUGGCCGAGCAGAGGGACGCCCUGGAGCUUCACAGGAAGAAGAACAACGAGCUCCGGGAGAAAAACUGGAGCGCAAUGGAAGCUCUGUCAGCCACCGAGUCCAUGCUUCAAAGGAAACUCAGCAAAGCUGUCAAGGAGAACCAGACAGCACUGGCGAUGUGUCAGGCCGAGUGUCGAGAGGUUCUGCACAGACUUCUGCCCCAUGUGCCUCUGUCCAGUGAGCAGAACCAUCAGGCGUGGCUCCUCAGAUUCGAGGGGGCAGUAGCUGAAUGCCCACCUGCAUCAGGGAACUCUAAUGAAAUGGUUACAAAGCUGAAAGAAGCUGAAGAAAGUCAAAGGAUUCUACAGAAAGACUGUGAGACGUACAAGAAGGUGUUGGCCGAGACGGAGGGCAUCCUGCAGCGUCUCCAGGACAGCGUGGAGCAGGAGGAGUCUCGCUGGAAGGUGAAGCUGGAGCUGUCACAGGGAGGGCUCAGAGAGAUGAGCCUGAAAGUCACAGCUCUGGAGCAAGAGAUUGAGAGACUAACUGAUGGAGCAGAGUUGGAAAAUCUGAGAAGAGAAAAGCAGCAUUUGGAGUCCGAGUUGGAGAGGGCGGAGUCCGAGAGUGCCACCUACGUCACGGAAUUAAGAGAGCUGAAAACGCAGCUGACCGAGACUCUGUCCAAGCUGGAGACGGAAGAGAACGAGAGGCAGACGGUGGCUGGGGACCUGCAUACGGCCCAGCAGUCUCUUGAUCUGAUCCAGGGGGAGCUCUCCAAAGUGACGGCCAGCGCCGACGACCUGAUAGAGAACAGCAGCCUGUCGUCACAGAGAGAAGUGAUUGACAGAAAGGAGAAAACGGCCGCAGGACUGAACCAGACAUUCAAAGAACUGCAGCAGCUGCUACGAGGCGUCAGCCAGCAGCUCGCCAAGAGACAGAAAGGGGAGGCCGACAACGAGCUGCCCAAAGUAUAGUGAGGGGGGGACCCCCACGCAGCCACCCUGACUGCACGACAGAGACCACCUUUGGUCUCAUCUCUCCCACUGUCACACACACACACACUGUCACACACACACUGGCACACCCAGCCACCACCUUUCCCCAACGGCCCACAUCCCCUCAUCUGUCCUGGAGGCAGCCGCCAUCGGACUCUGGCAAAGGCGCUUGCGGACCGUUCAUCGUCUCCUUGUUGGCUGUACGGGAGCAGGUAGAGGUUACUGUUAAUUUCCAAACACUCCAGACUCUGUACCAAAACACACUACUCCUCUCCCACCACAUUCCACUUUUUCAGCAGCAUCGCCAGGUAAUUUAGAUUCUUAACUUAAAAAGUGACAUCCAGUAUAAUUUUAAACUGUGUGGCAACCAUUCCUCUGUAUUUUUCAAUGAAAUCCUUUUGAAUACUACAAUAGUAUUUGUUGUUAUUUGUCAAGAGAUGGCAGUGAUACAAAUGUCCAACUUGUUGAAACAAACUUUGGGGUUUCAGUCCUUUUUUUCUUAACUUAAAAGAUAUGUAUUGUUUAAAUGUAUCAGUUAGGACCUGCUGAAAGACACUGCUGUUGCUCUGCCUCCUGGCCAGAGAACUGUCUCAAACUGUGAAUCAUGGUGCAUUGAUGAAUUCAUCGUCCAUGCAUGCCGUGGCUCAGUAUUGGGUGAGAGAUGGGAGAUUAAAAGGGGUCUCAGCAUAUCAGAAGGGUCACUACGUGACGGUAACUAUGGAGAUGCAUGGACAUAUUGUAGUCACGUCUGUACUGCAGCUCCAGAGAGAAGUAAGCCUGUGACCCUGGCUGUGGAAAGAGAAGGCCAGGUCAACAGUGUAGAGGUUUUUAAUCCUUCUGCAACUACUCUAGGAAUAAGCGUCCCAUAUCAUUUGUAAUCAGUACUCGCUAUGUUGUUGCUAAGUUCAUUAACACUGAAGAUGUUGUUCUUUUUGCAACCGGCGAUGUGAAUAAAAGGGAUGCUUGACUAAUCUGA